CACAGCUCACUUUAAAGGAAAAAUUAAAACAUGCCUGACGUGGUAAUAUUAUCAUCCGAAUAGGAAAAAUUGUUAAACAUCUGCAACAAUGUUCACGUGAAAGAAAAUGGAAUAGUAGAUGAUCAAUUCAAUCUGAGUAAGGCUGAUACAAGAUGGCGUCGAAAAUGGCGUUCGACAGCACAGAAUCCCAAAACUGGCUGAGGCAAUGGAAGGCCGUUUUCGUCACGAGGAGAGCUCUACUGCCAUAUGUCAAGUCAAAAGCUAGCCAUGUGCAUAAUGAUAUUCUACAGAAAGCAUCGAAUGAGCAGACUUGUUCAUUAGACCAUGGUGAUAUAUAUGACCGGCAACCAAUACCUUGUAAAUUCCAUGAAAAACUUCGAAAUGAAAUCAAGGUCAUACACACAAGACAGAAACCUUCCUGGAAGAACGCUUCGACUGACACUUGGCGAGACUCUUCGUUUGCUGUCGCCAAGUUAUUCAUGCAACCAGCAGGGUAUGAUGAUAAAUCUUCAUUUGAUGAGAUUGACUUCAACGGACUGGCAGUCUUUAUAUAUAACUGUGGGAAAAACACGCUAAAAACAACUGUAAAACCACUAUCUGACGAGGCUCGGAAGUACGUCAACAAGAUCCGGCAUAUGCCCGACUUAUGUUCAAGUGCUCUGACAGACCAGGCCACCACUGAGUGUAUAGACAGCAUGAUUGCGUUGCUAAACGAUCCAGAUUUCCACGGCGAUCCAGAGAUACCAGGAACAACAAGACAGCUGGAUAAGUUUAAGACACAAUUUGAAGAGCCCAGCUCGGAAUUGUUGAAAUAUAUUAUCGAAAAUACUGUGAUUAGAGGCAUCCAAGAUAUUACGGAACUUACUUCUGCUAAAGAAGGCGAAUGGAGUGAAAAAGCUAAUGCGAUAAAGGGUGACUUUGAGAGGCUCGGUGAUGUUUUAACGUCAAGUUUACAGGAACACGGAAAGAGCGCCAAUGACGAUAUUAAGAACUCGUUUGAAAAUGCUCGUGCAAAGUUGGAUUCAUGUAUAGAAAAUGCUAAGCAAAUUCUCAUUCAGGCAACCAAAGAGGAAAGAAUCAAACUAGAAGACGCUGCUAAGUCCGGGAAACUUGAACUCGAACAAACACUUAAUGAUUCAGCGGUGGCGGGACGGGAUGAACUACUUGAAACGACAAAGGACGGAAAAUGGGAACUAAUUAAAACCGUUAAAAGCGGAACAAGACAACUGGAGGAGGCAACUGCGGAUGGAGGAAAAGAACUACUUGUAACGACAAUGGACGGAAAACUUAAACUCAUGAAAACCUCUGAGAACAUAACAAGACAACUUGAAGAUACAAGUGCAGAUGGAAAAAACGAACUAUUAGAAACGACAAUAAGCGGGAAAGGGGAGCUGAAAGAUGCGAUUGAAAGCGGAAAAACCGAGCUGAAAGGCAUUAUCGAACGAAAAAAACUGACGAGCACGAAUGACGGAGAAGAACAAAGACUGUACAAAUUAACCACCAAAGCAAAGUCAGAUUUACAGAAACAGUUGCUUAUCCAUUACCAAGCAUCUCCUGCUGUCAGAAUGAACGUCCGAUUGGACAUUGAUGCAGCUGUAGCAGACAUUUAUGAAAAACCAAAACUUAAAUUGAAGAACAAGAAAGACAAAGAUGGAAUCAUAAAAGAUGAAAAUAUAUCAGAUAUGAAUAAGAUGUUUCUGGGCGAAAAUGACACGAUGGCCAAAACGGUAUUCGUAGAGGGCGAACCGGGCACAGGUAAAUCGUCUCUUUGUAAAAAGAUUGUCCAUGACUGGUGCAGCUUAAAACAAUAUGGAAAGAAAAAGACGAAACAAAACAACCUGUUGUGUCAGUUCGGAUUUUUAUUCUACAUAAGGCUUCGCGAAGCUUAUGAUCAAUGCAAAAUCAAAGAUAUGAUAUUACAGUCUUUGAUUGAACGGAUUAAUUCAGACGAUAAAGAGUCAAAAGAAUUGCUAGCACAGAUUUUAAAAUCAGAAUGUUGCCUUAUUCUACUUGAUGGCUUAGACGAGUGGAAACAUUGUAGCGAAUGUAAGCGUGAUGAACGAAUUCCUCAUGUAGAAACAAGUUGGAUUAACUGUACAAUAUUGAUAACAACACGACCAUACAAACUAGCGGAGAUGAAAGUGAACCGCUCAAAGCUCGAAAACCAUGUGCAGUUGGAGGGCGUUCAGUCACCAGAAGAACUUGUUCGAAGAUUAAUUGAGGAGUUGAACAAACAUCAAGUAGUUAAACGUCCAAAUGACGUAAAACAUCCAAGAACCUGCAUUGAAGACCUCAAAACGAAAGGUCUGUGGCAUUUCAGGGAUAUUCCAAUCGUGCAUGUUCAAAUUGUUUGGCUCUGGUACAAGGAUCAGCUAAAGGCAAACAUGAUUCUGUCUGAAGUUUACAAGAAAAUAAUGGAAGAAAGGUGGUGUGAAAUGAACGACAAGAAAAACAUAGAGUACAGCAAUUCCCCAAAGGAAUUUCUUGAUUCUUUGAGUAAACUAGCUUUCAAUAAGCUGUUUUCAGAAAAUGAGGAGGAUUCCAUUGUUUUCGGCAUUACAGAUGGUCAGUUUGAGAAAAAGUACCAAAUUGAGUCUCUUGAAUCUGGCAUCAUGUCCUGCAGUAGAAACCUAGGUGAAAGAUCAGCGUCUUAUCAAUUUUUGCACAAAACGCUUCAAGAGUACUUGUCAGCAUUAUAUUUAGCGAAUAGCAGCAUCUCAGAUUUGCAAAAACAUUGUCAACACGUUCAGGAAGUGUAUAGACAUUACAGAAGAGAAGAUGUGUUGAGCAUGCGUCAGAUGUUUCUGUUUCUAUGCGGCAUGAAUCCAUCUGCUUCUGAAAUGCUUUCAAAGUCAAUGAAUGAACUAUUUACUGAAUACUUUGAAAGAGACGGCUAUUCGAUGCACAGAGCAAAUGCUCUCCAGAGCAUGAUGGUGGACGGGUUUGAGGAAGCGAUGAGAAGCGGACACACCGGAGCCGAGGUCUGCCUGCAGCAUGUCGUCCUCGGUGGUGAUAUGGGCACUCUUGAUCAAUUACCAAACAACAAGCCAAUGAUGAAGCAAUUCUUAGAUACAAGAAAAUCCACUUUUGUGUCAUUAUGUAUAAUGGAGGAAAGUGACCUUUCUUAUGUGCUGCAGAACAAGAAAGAUCCAAAUGUACUUGAUUUAGAGACUUGCAAGAAUCUAAAUUAUGUUGUUUUAAAAGAGGUUCAAUAUGAUGACAUCAACUUGCUGAAUUUGAACAAAUUAGUAGAGUGCAGCGUACAAUUCAGGCACAACAAACCAACAAAUACACUGGUUUCUUCACUUCUGUCGUCAGAUUUAACGUGUUUGAAAAAACUUGAAUUGACUAACGUAGGAUGGGAAUGUAAAGGUGAAGAAAUCAUCUCAAAACUUUACCAAAUUCAACACCUAGACGUCCGAUGGAGCAACAGUCCGGCAAAUGAGUGUCAACUCGACUUUGGGCACCUUCGAAAUCUCAACAAACUCUACUUAAUGGGACUUGCUUCCUCUGACGUUGUUAAUCUACAUAUGCUCAGUCUUCGAACGUUAGGGGUCAGCUUUCAAACACAGACAAGAGCACGACGGUUGAUGGCGGCAUUUCCAACACAAAGCGACGACACAGUCAGUUCAAACCUGGGUGGGACGCUUUCUAUCCUUACGUAUGUUACAUUGGAUAACAUUAUCAUAUCAGCAACAUCGUUCAGACGUUUCGUUAGUAUGAUGAUACAGUCGCGACAUUCUGUGAAAUGUAAGUUAUCGGAGUGUAAAAUAGAGCCUGAGGAGGACGUGACGCAGCUGCAGGUCGAGAUGGAGAACCAGGCCACUCUUCAGAGGAUGGAUCCACGGCCCGUCUCAACUGUCUAUGCAAUAUACAUUACAUUAUCCUGUAUAACCAUGACCGAUGCAGUGUUCAGACGUUUCGUUAGUAUGAUGAUACAGUCGCGACAUUCUGUGAAAUGUAAGUUAUCGGAGUGUAAAAUAGAGCCUGAGGAGGACCUGACGCAGCUGCAGGUGGAGAUGGAGAACCAGGCCACUCUUCAGAGGAUGGAUCCACAGCCCGUCUCAACCGACUAUACAAUAGACAUUACAUUAUACCAUACAACCAUGUCAGCGGCAGUGUUCAGACGUUUCGUUAGUUUGGUGAUACAGUCGCGACAUUCUGUGAAUUGGAACUUAUCGGAGUGUAAAAUAGAGCCUGAGGAGGACCUGACGCAGCUGCAGGUGGAGAUGGAGAACCAGGCCACUCUUCAGAGGAUGGAUCCACGGCCCGUCUCAAUUGACUAUACAAUAGACAUUACAUUAUACCAUACAACCAUGUCAGCGGCAGUGUUCAGACAUGUCGUUAGUAUGGUGAUACAGUCGCGACAUUCUGUGAGAUGUGAGGUAUCGCUAUGUAAAAUAGAGCCUGAGGAGGACGUGACGCAGCUGCAGGUGGAGAUGGAGAACAAGGCCGCUCUUCAGAUGAUGGAUCCACGGCCCGUCUCAACCGACUAUACAAUAGACAUUCACUUAGAGUGGAUGACCAUAGCCUGA